GGGAGGAAAACCGGAGUACCUGGAGAAAAUCCCUCGCAGCAAGGCGAGAACCAAUAACAAGUUCAACCCACAUAUCACACAGAGCCGGAAUCGAGCCCGGGCCACAUUGGUGGGAGGCGAACGCUCUCAGCGCUGCGCCAUUCCUGCUCCCAAGGAAUAAUAUUGGAAACAAGAUGUGUUUCGGAAUCACUUGUGUGUUGCAAAUGAGCGUUCUUUGAAAACUGCUAUCUUUGCUAUAGCUAUAAUGACUCCGGAGUUUGAUUUGUUGACUAGAAAGAGUUUUGCUGGUCGCAUGAAUGUUUACACUCUUGAAUUGAGAUUAUUUACUUAAUUCACAAAAUAUUAUUUGGUCACCAGUUAGUUUGGAUAGGGCGGUACAUCAAAACAGAGGAUUGUAUUGCCCUUGGUAUUAAAGGAGUUAAUUCUAAUGCAUGGAGUAAUAAUUAAAGUUCCGUUUGUGUGGAGACAGUGAAUGGCUAUUAUAACUGCUUUGGUGUAAUUUCAUAGCCUUUUUCAAAGCAAAAAUUUCCACACCGCGGAGAUCAGUUUAAUUAAUUAACAUCAGCCAUAAGCAAAGGGAAUGCAUUGCCCCUUUUGCGCCACGCCCAAUGUCUGGAGUCCGCUUGGAAUCUGGGUUCACCCUCUCGGUUGGACACAAUGUGUACGCGUACAUGCAAAAAUAAUGCGUGUUUCUCGAGUUCUAGAGAGCUUUUCUUCAAGUAAAGUGUAGAAGGCACAGAGGCCUAACGGUUAGUGCCCUGGACUCCAGAUCAGGCAGUCUAAGGGUACUAGCCCAGGUUGGGUGCACUGUGUUGUGUUCUUGAAUAAAAAGUACCUCUCUUCAUCCUGGUGUAUAAAUGGGUACUAGCGAAUUUGGUGCUAAGGGAUAACCCUGUGAUGCACAAGCAUCUGAUCCAGGGAGAGUCGGAAUACUCCUAGUCGCUUCGUACCCUGGAAACCGGAGAUAUAAGCGUUUGUCUGAUUGGCCACUGGGAUUAACUCGAUUUUCCUGAAUUCUUUUUCCUCAUACAUCGAGUGUAAGAAGAGGAGCUACCUGUUAAAGGAUUCGUGGCCUGGGUCCGAGGAAUGCAAAAAGAGGAAACGAAUUAUCAGCACCUAAUAUUUGCGUAGAAGAUUGUCAAUGAAAAAUAUUCAACGCAAUUUAGCGUGCCUCAUGUAAAAUAAAAUAGCAGACAUUUCAAUUCAGUAUUAAACACAAGCAAAACUGUUGUAGAUGCCACUACCAACCCUCGUACCCAGGCUAACGCGUGUGUAUUUCUCACAAAAGGUUUCUAAAACCAGUUAGUAAAACCUGGUUGUGACCCUUAGCCGCGCAUUUUGUUUAAGCUUAGUGUCACACAAUUGCCUGUCGCACAACGGAAUGCCGUGACUCACCGCGUCUAUCGUGACAGGAGGAGGGCUAUAAGUUCUCCAGUUCAAUAUAUAUAUUUACACAGGCAAAAUCAACAACCCAGAAUUUCGACAUGAAGGACAUCAUCAUUACAAUGUUUCUCAUCUUUGCUAUCGGGAAAGCUGGGGGAAUAGGGAACUUUAGCGGCCACGAAGAUGAUGAACUCUUUAAAGUUUAUAUCCGUUUAAAGGGCUCCAGUCUUCCUUACGCAGGACGAGUCGAGGUCAGCAACGACGGUGAACUAUGGGGCACAGUGUGUGACAAGGACUGGAACAUAAAAGACGCCCGCGUUGUCUGUAGACAGCUGGACUUUUCGUUUACAGAAGCCGCUGUCCCCAUGGCCGGGUUCGGAAGAGGGUCAGGCCCAAUAUUUCUCAAAGAUGUAAAGUGCAAUGGUUUUGAGCAAUCGCUACUUAGAUGCAAACAUGACAGAUGGAAAACCCAUGACGUAAACGUGUCAUGUGACCAUAGCAUGGACGCUGGUGUCGUGUGUAGACCUCACAAAGAAAUUUUGCAAACUAGCGUGUUCAUCGUUGUGGCUUGCCUCCUGGCUAUCUCAUACGUGCUGAAUAUCUGGUUUAUUUACUAUGUAUGCUGCAAGAAAAGACGACGGAAAAAACGUCAUCUGACAGCUGUGCAGCAGAGGGCAAUAACCCGCAAGACAGGAUCUCAAGAAGGGUUAGAUAAUCUGGCUAUUGAUAGCGAGGGGUGUCUGGAUUUGUCCGCCGCAACUGUAAAAGAAAGAAAGAAACAAGAAAGUCCAAAACUUCAGAGAAACGGUGUCCAUCCUACACACGGUGAACCAGCCCUGAGUAGAGAGGAUGGGCCGGCGAGUAUUGCCGCUUACCAGCAAGAACAGCAGCAGCAUGUCUACCAGAGGCUGGAGUCAUGCUUGUUAGAUCCGUCUUCUCGGGAAUAUCUGGAGAUUUUAGAAUCUCUUCCCGAACGCCCAGCCUAUCAACAACCAGAAGUAACCGCCAGUGAAGAAUUACCCAGAGUUACCGGAUAUCAGUCCAUUUCACCUCAAGCAUCAGAGAAUAAACAGGUUAAUAGGAAGGGAAACGAAAAUCGAUACGAACAAUUACUGCUGAGAAAUAUGUCCUCGGAAAAAGCACAGGCUUCUUCGGUCGAGCAAGAUUCAGAAGAAUAUGGAAAUACUACUGUAAAUCAACUUCCUGAUUACGUUGAGAUCAUUGGUGAUGACAAUAUUUUGGCGGGAAAUACCAUGGCAACGCCAACGUCACCGGCAGUAAAUGUAAAGAAUCCAUAUGAAACGUUGAAACCAGCACCAGGCCCUUCGCAUCGUGCACAGGGGAACAACUCAUGUUCUGCCCUCGCAAAGGACCAGCAAUCAUUUCGAGCAGAGAACGAAGCCCACGAAGAGGAUUACGUUGAGCUAUUGCCUGAAAACGAGGCUGUGGGAAAAGGAAGCAAGCCAACCGCUGACCAUGAAGAUACAUAUGAACCAAUGAACCACUGAGGGAAGAGAUUAGAAAUUCCUAACAACAAAGUUCAGAACUUGUUUUCUGCGAUUUCGACGAUCGUAAUCAAUAAGAGUGCUUUGGAAAUUUUAUAAAAAUGACAUUUUAGAUCAAUUUGUUCAAAUUCUGAAAUUAAGUUUUUGUUUAUAGAAAGGCAAAUGUAUGAAUUAAUUAUUUAACAAAAUAAUUCCCAAAUAUUUUCUAAAAAGUUACGCAUGCUUCGGUCAACUUCGUUUCUUCAGUUGCCAAACUAAAAGAAAUCGAGAGCAUUCAUUCAAUGUUCGACUGCUCUCCGGUAGGGACCGCUGACUCGAUAUGACCAACAAAAGAAAAAAAAGUUUGCGAGGGCUUAUAAAUGUCAAAUUAAACUAGACUGUAGAUAUUCCGUAGUUAAUAUAGUAGAGUUACUUUAAAGCUCUAUUAGGCAUCUCCUUCUUUAAAGGAGCCCGGUCACGUUAUUUUGAGUUAUUUGGGCCAAGUAUAAAAUUGCCUAUAAAUUGAAGAAAACCUAGCUUACUAAGAUAGAAAACACCAGAGAUAAUAAUAAACCAUGAAAGAAGAAGAAUG